CUGCAACGUAGAGAGUCAGAAUGGUUUCGCCAGUUCCAUAGUUGCAUAUCAUGUCGCAAUCAUUCCCUCAGUACCUAUCAAAUGUAUUCGAUACGCAGAAUCUCGAGGAAGUGCGCGAAAAACCGCCUUCAAGGCGCAAACGACCACAUCAGAAAUCACGGAAUGGCUGCUCCAAUUGCAAGCGAAGGAAAGUCAAAUGUGAUGAGGGUUACCCCUCAUGCAAACGGUGUAUUCAAAGAGAAGAUACGUGUUGCCGUUCUCCCCGACAACGACCAAUUCCCGAGAGAAGUAUGCUCGAGCCUUCAAAGUUGUCGUCAACACCGCUAUUGUCAUCUCCAAUAUCAACGCUGAAGAGCAAUCCAAUUAAUCUGGAAGAUAUGCAUCUGUUUCACCAUUUCCAGACCCAUACCAACCAAACUCUGCCCUUAAUAGCUCCUGUAUGGAAAGACGCUGUUAGGCUUGCAUUCGAGUAUGACCAUCUCAUGCAUGCGGUUCUCUGUGUGUCAGCACGUCAUCUUUCGUUCUUGCAUGCCAAAAUCAAUAAAUGCAACAAAUACACCACACUCUCGCGAAAGCAUUUGUCGCACGCCCUCCGCAGCUACAGGAAUGUAUUGAGCGACCAGACUAUGAAACUUAACCAAGACGCCACUCUAUGCACCUCUGCUUUGAUCUUCUGUGAGGCUUGGAGUGAUAUGGAUAUUUUCCUACCAGAAACAUGUUCCGCCAGGGCUAACUCCAAUGACUUACUUUACUUUGCACCCGAUGACCAAUUGCUCAAUCUAGUCAACGGCGUACGCUAUGUCUUCUCCACUUACAAGUGGCAGUCACUUGAUAUCUCUUCGAUCUUUGAGAGCCAAUUGAUCCGUCGUCCUAUAGUAUUAGUUAAAGACUUCAGCUUAUCUGUUGGCCGGGAUCCCUCCUUUUAUGCGAAUCAUCUCGCGGCCUUCUACAACAACCCCGAGUUGAUUCUCAACCAAGUCUACUAUGAACUACCUGAUCGACCAGAGUUAGCUCAACAUAGAGACUUAAACUCAAUAAGACAUGAUCCUACGAAGUGGCAUGAUCAGCAGGUAUGUUCGCAAGAAGCGUUUAUGGACGUUGCUCGACGACUCUCGGUUCUUCUUUCCCUUUUACCAAGCAGAGAAGACACUGCUAGGGGAGACGCAAAGAGCGCAUCUAUUCUAGAUGUACAAUCUGAUAUACUAGGUGAUGUAUCGAGAGUGGUGUUCACUUUCUCGAUUAUGUUUCAUCAAAGGUUCAUGAACAUGUUGUUCGACAAUGACCCGCGGGCACAUUUCUUAUUAUAUCAUUUCUACCGAGCUGUUGACAUUCUAUUGCCGAAGCAAGAGUGCUGGUGGGCAUCAAGACGUGCAGAAGUCAUGCGAAAUAGUCUGGCACGAAAAUUGUGGGGUGAGCUAAACAGUGCGAUGACUGGGUAUUGAAUUUUAGCGUCCAUUUAUCAGCUCUAUGUUUCUCAUUUUAGCUGCAUGUAUGUAUAACAUUUCAAUCCAAAGAUCCCGCUCCACAUAUCAAAUGUACGAGAUGUUGUAAAGUCAGCAAUCGAAGCACUAUAUUCAAUCAUCAUAUGAAGCUAUAAUAUUCUACAUCUGAUUCCUGUAUUAUGAUCAAGUUAUCGUUUGAUAAUUGCCAACGAUCGAUUAUAUCAUUGUUGCGAUGGAAUGCGCUAAUUUAUAUUUGUACAAGUCUAACUGUUUUCU